AUGCACGCAGAUGAGGCCAUUUUGGCUUCUGAAUAUGAUGGCACCCCUGAGAUAGAGCAACGUUCCUUGGCCCAGAAGCCUUUCAUGGAAAAGAUCCGAAAUCAUGUUUACUUGACCCUAUUGUUCAUUGGAAUUGGAUUACUAUGGCCUUGGAAUUGUAUUCUGAGUGCAUCAGUAUAUUUCAAGCAUGAUGUGUUUCAUGACAAGACCAUUUGGGCGAAUAUUUUUACCAGUUCAAUGAUGACAGUGUCGACCUUAUCAUCAAUGCUUUCGAAUGUUUGGUUAGCUAGAAGGCAACAUAGUUAUUCUGAGAGAGUCAUAAGAGGGCUGAUCUGGGAGAUUCUGGUUUUCGUUGCGCUUUCAGCCGUUACAAUGAUGCAUUCGCUAUGCUCCUUAUGGUUCACCUUCACUUUAGUAAUGGUGCUGGUCGCCAUCAGUUCCGUGGCCACAGCUAUGACUCAAAACGGUAUCAUGGCUAUCGCCAACGUCUAUGGAUCAGAAUUCAGUCAGGCCGUAAUGGUGGGCCAGGCUGUGGCAGGUGUCCUACCGUCCGUUGUAUUACUCAUCAUUUCCUUCUUCAGCAAUCCUUCCGAGCAAAGCACUAGUGGUAUUGUUUUCUACUUUCUCACCACCACUGUCGUCGCCAUGGUAUCAGUGGUAUUGUACCGAGUUAACAAGAUAGGCUCCAGAUUGAAAAACCCAACUACAAGCUCGUUGGCCUCCCCGACAAUACCGUUCAAGACUCUAUUCUACAAAUUAAAAUACCUGGUAUUGUCAAUAUUCACUACAUUUGUUGUUACACUUAUUUUCCCCGUGUUUGCUGCUACUGUGCUCGUCAAAGGUUUCCCACUCUCAAACUCUCAGUAUUCUCCAUUCAUCUUCACCGUCUGGAACGUCGGCGAUCUUCAUGGCAGAGUAAUCGCUGACUGGCCCAUAUUCAGAAGCCCGAGGUUCACACCUUUUAAGACCUUUGUUUACUCCCUAUGGCGUCUACUGUUCAUCCCACUAUUCCUAUCUUUCUGUAUUAACAACAAAUCAGAGAUCAGCUUCCCUGUCCUGCAAGACCUGGGCUACACGAUUCUACAGUACGCUUUCGGCCUCACUAACGGUCAUGUCAUAUCCAUCAGUUUCAUGAAAGUGCCCGAGCAGCUGGCCACAGACGAAGAAAGAGAGGCUGCUGGAGGGUUUACCAACAUCUUUGUUUCUACGGGUCUGACACUAGGAAGCGUCGUCAGCUACGCCUUUGUUUACAUCAUCGCCUUCUUGAACAAGUGA